AUGAACUGCGCUUACACAUAUCAGAGAUUGUAUUUUAUAUUGGCAGCUAAUAUAUGCAGUUUUUCUGUGGGAACCUAUAUCGGAUGGAGUUCACCUACUUUGCCAAUAUUAAGAAAUGCCACUGAGGAAAAUCCUUUGCCAGAAGGUAUUACUUUGGCUGAGGAAGGCUGGAUACUUUCGUUAGCGGCUAUAGGCGCUUUGUGUACGUCUAUCAUUGCCGGACCUAUUGCUGCAAUAAUUGGACGAAAACGGUCCUUACUUCUGAGCUCAACAAUUCUGGCAGCUGCAUACGUAUCAAUGUUGGUAGCACGAUCAGUUUUAUGUAUGUAUUUAGGACGUUUCCUUCAGGGUGCUGGAGGUGGAUUUCUGAUAACCGUUUUGCCUAUGUAUGUUGGUGAAAUUGCUACUGAUGAUGUUCGAGGAUCUAUCGGUUCUUUAAUGUCACUUUUCAUGACUGGUGGUCUUCUAUAUGUUUACUGUAUUGGUCCAUACGUGAGUUAUUGGGCACUUCAAUGGUUUUGCCUUGCUGUUCCAGUGGUGUUCUUUUUGAUAUUCUCUUUUAUGCCGGAAAGUCCAUAUUUCUAUGCAAUCAAAGGAAAACAACUCGAAGGAAUAAAAGCGUUACAAUUUUUGCGUGGACAGAGUUUGAAAACGGUUGAAGAAGAAAUGAUUAAAAUUCAAGCUUCAGUAGACAAUUCUAUGGCCAACAGAGGAUCGCUCGUGGAUAUAUUUAGCAAUAAAAUCUAUAGAAAGUCACUGCUCAUUUGUUGUGGACUUUUAGUAUUCCAACAGCUGAGUGGAACCACAGCAAUAGGUUUCAAUAGUCAAACGAUAUUUAGCUCUGCUAAUUCGACAAUAGAUCCAGCCAUUGCAACAAUUAUCAUUGGAGUUGUUCAACUAUUUUCGAAUCUCCUUACUCCUUUUAUUGUAGACCGAAGUGGUCGUAAAAUGAUUUUAUACAUCACAUCUGCUGGUAUGUGUCUGUCUUUGUGGGUUCUGGGAACAUACUUUUAUCUUCAAUACUUGGGAAAAGAAACUGGACUCAAUUGGAUUCCAGUGCCAGCUUUGAUGAUCUUUAAUUUUUUGUAUGGUUUUGGAUAUGGUCCAAUUCCAUAUGUUGUAGCUUCUGAAAUGUUUCCAACAAAUAUCAAACCGAAAGCAAUGACAAUUGCUUCUUGUGUUAGUUCAUUGACUAAAUUUUUAAUUGCGAAAUUUUAUCCUCAAGUCAAUGCUCUCGGACCGUAUUAUGCAUUUUGGGGUUUCGGAGGAUGCUGUCUUUUGGCGUUAUUCUUUGUUUGCUUUUUUACAAUUGAAACUAAACGUAUAAGUUUGGAGGAUAUUCAGGAGAGACUGUACAGAAGAAGAACUUCCUUACAAGCUUUAAAAAAGAAUAAAGAAGUUAUAUAA